CAUCAUAUUCUGGGAUACGACCUUGUAAAUCAGAAUGAUUUAGACAUUUGAAAAUAUAUAUCAAAGUAUGACGUAGUAAUAUGAAAUUGAACGUGAAAUGAACGUAUGUGUUUAUUUAAUUUAAUUAAAAAUUUUUUCACAUGUGAUGAGUAGUGUACAUGAAAAUUCGUGGUCGUGGAUAGAGUAUUUGGUGGAAACAAUCAAUAAACUUGCUCAUGACUUAGCGAGCUCAACAACAUUUGACUUAUCAUUUCAUCCAAUUAAUAGUGUCAUUGACGAUGAAUUACAGCAAAAAUUAUCUGAAUUUUUUAACGAUUUUAUUGGUUUGGUAGCAUUUGAUGAUUUUCAGUUGCAAUUAUUGAAAGUCUUCUUGUUUACAUUUAUUAGUACUGUGGCUUUAAUUUUCAUCGUUUGGCAUAUUUAUGGUCCAAGAAUUUCCGAACAAUUUAUGGAAACAAACUCUGCAUCAGAAGAUCUUGAUUCUUCAUCUGGAGAAUAAUUUGUUGCUUAAUAUAAAUUAUUUAUUCAACUUGUAAUUGUUAAGUUAAAAACAACAAAGUUAUUAGUGAAAAUAAUUAAGAAAGUAAAUUUUUAUAAAAUUAAUUUGCUCUUUAUAAUCUUUCUUAACAUUAAAAAAUAACAAUUAUGACAGAAAAAAUUAAAUCACUUUUUGAAAAAGCAAAAAUAGAUGUAAAAUUUAUGAAUGCUGGAAAAGGACACAAAUUGACAGAUUCAACUAGUACUUCUGGAUCUACUUCUAUAGUAGAACCCAUAAAGAGGGUAGAACCUACGAAAGAAGCUAAAGUAGCUGGUCAAGCAGCUUUAGCAAGAUUAGAAGCAAAAGAAUGUAAUACAAAAAGAUUUAAUACAUCAUAUGCAGCUAUUAAGGCACAAGUAAAACGAGAAUUAGAGCAAGAAAGAAAAGCACAACAAAAAGCACAACAAAAAAAUCAUGUGCAAUCAGAAGAAAAAAUUGAAAAUACAAUUAAAGAUAAUUUUACAUUAGCUGUUACCAAUGUAUGCUAUCGUUGUCCAUAUUUAUCCGAUGAAAUAUUAUCACAAGAUGAAUGGAAAAUAAAGAUAAAAAAAUUUUUAUAUGAACAAUUGAAAGGAGAAGAAGCAGGUUUAACAUCAUGUUUAAUUAUACGAAAUUGUAAUAAUAAAAAAGAAAAAGUUGAUGUUUGUGUUGAAACACUUGGGAAAUAUUUAGAAAAUAUUAUAAAUUAUCCAGAAGAAGAAAAGUAUAAGAAGAUUAGAAUGCAAAAUAAGAUAUUUCAAGAUAAAGUAAUGCCAAUUGAAGGCGCAUUAGAAUUUUUAAAUGCAGCUGGUUUUCGUCAGAAAAAGAUAUUAAAUAAUGAUAAAGAGGAGGAUUUCUUAAUUUGGAAUGCUGAUAAUUGUAGUAUUGAAGAUGUUACAACGUUAUUUGAGGCACUAAAAACUGCACAGCCUAUUCCACUUGAACUAGAUAGAAAUCUUCAAGUAUUGUUACCUAUGCAAGCAAACACAAGAACUGAAUUACCACCAAGCUUUUUCAAUUUAAGUCCUGAGGAUAUAGAAAAAGAACAACAACUUCGAAGCGAAGCAGUUGAAAGAGAUCAGAUGUUAAGAACAAAAGCCAUGAGAGAAAGAGAUGAAAAACAAAAGCUUAGAAAAUACAAAUUCUCAUUGAUUCGUAUCAAAUUUCCAGAUAAUCUUAUUUUACAAGGAACAUUUUUUGUACAUGAAACUUUUCAAAAUGUUGUUAAUUUUGUUAGCGAGAACUUGAUAAAUAAUGAAAGGCCAUUCAGUUUAAAAAAGCUUCCUCAAACAACUUUUAGUGAAGAUACUUUUGAUAAAACUUUACUUGAAUUGGGGUUAUUUCCUGCUACUCUUUUGAUGUUUUUUUGGAAAAAUAAAUCAGAAGAAACAAAUCUCAAUGAAUCUGUAGGAUACUUGAAGGAAGAAUUACUUUCUAUGAUUCAACCUGCUUAAAAAAUUAUUCUUUAUAUAAUUUGAAAAAAUCUUAUUUAAUCUUUAUGAAUUAUGAUUAUAAAUGUUGAAAGAGAUAAAAAUAAGUAUCUCAACGCGACGUACUUUUUUUUUCAUACAAUAGAAACAAUACGAUAAAAAGCAGUUGUAAUAUAUAUAUUCAUUCCAAGUUCUAAUGAAAUAUGAAAUUACAGUAGAGCUCUGUGUAACGUAGAGAUAAUAUGUUUUGUUUCCUUUUCUAUUGUUCUUCGAUAUUUUUCAAUAAAAUUUAUAUGGUUGUUAGAUUUAAAUGUACUCUUUUGAAAGAAAAAAGAGUAUUAUUCAAAAUUGCUUUCAUAAGUAAAAAUUUCAUAAGUACAUUACAUUAGUUUAAAGACAGGAAAUAUAUCUUAACACAUUCACACUUUCUUAUAUCUAUAAUAAUGUAUCAGUGCAAAAAUUAUUAAUUAAAUUUAUGCAAUGA